CACAUCUCUCAAAUAAUUUCACAUCCAGAUGUCGCCUCGGUGAUUAAGUGUAAAAUGUCAACUGUCAAAUUGAGACGUUUUGACAACAUCCGUUUUUCCGUCUUUUUCGGCUUGAAAACGGUCUCUUCAAAAAGGGCAAAAUGUCGCUCGUUAUCCCAGAAAAGUUUCAACACAUUCUCCGUAUCAUGAAUACCAACAUUGACGGUAAACGCAAAGUUGGUAUCGCCAUGACCGCCAUUAAGGGUGUAGGUCGCCGCUACUCCAACAUUGUCUUGAAGAAGGCCGACAUUGACUUGACCAAGCGUGCUGGUGAAUGUACCGAAGAGGAGGUUGAGAAGAUCGUCACCAUCAUCUCCAACCCCUUGCAUUACAAGGUACCCAACUGGUUCUUGAACAGACAAAAGGACAUCAUUGAUGGUAAAUACAAUCAAUUGACCUCCUCCAAUUUGGAUUCCAAAUUGCGUGACGAUUUGGAACGUUUGAAGAAGAUCCGCUCUCACCGUGGUCUCCGUCACUACUGGGGUCUCCGUGUACGUGGUCAACACACCAAGACUACCGGUCGUCGUGGUCGCACUGUUGGUGUAUCCAAGAAGAAGUAAAUUCUCUAUACUUUAUAUCUUCAUCUGUGUUAUGCCGAACUGCUGUUUUUUAUUGUAAAAUUAUUAUUUUUUAUAUUUGAAACAACGUCGUCGUUCCAUUUCUCUACAUCUCAAAUGGUCUGGAAUUCAAUUUCUGUUUGAAUUCGUGUGUAUUUAGUAACAAGAAGUGACAUUUAAUGUUUGUAAUUUGAACAACCUACAAAAGAAUGAAUUAAAUGCUAAUUUAAAAUACAUAAAAACUAAAA